AUGGAUACGAUACAACUGGUUCGGAAAGAUAUACGAAAUGCUCUCCAUCUAGCUCAGACAGCUCACAUGUUGGCUUCGACAAUUCCUUAUAUCCUGUGGUUAGGAUCACCACCAACAUACCUACCCCAGCCAUGUUUAACCACUGGUAGCGCAACGCGCGUGAUGCCCCCUCAGGGCGGCAGCUAA